AUGGAUCCGGCACGUAGAAUGUGGUUGGGUGAAAUAUGUUGCUCAGCGCAUCAACUCGAACUUUGCUACGGUAUCGAUGAAUUAGCCUUUCAAACUACAUUGCAAUAUGGUCCCGAAGUAGACUUUAAGGCUUUGGGCGAACGUUACGGUGCUGCUUAUCUCGACAAGCUACUCUUUCACAUUGUGGCCUUUGAAGCCAAUAAAAUCCUUAGCCUCGGUCCUCUAACGUUAGAUCCAGGGCGUCAUGCCACUUGGUUCACACCGGAUUUCAUCAAGUUGUGGCAAACUGUGAAUCACAAGGUAUGGGCACAAUGGCGCUAUGAACACAAUCGACCCGAUUAUCAUGGGCCUUCUUUCGAACCUCUUGUGCUUGAUCAGAAACUGACUUGCUUGCCUCCAGUCGAAUGCGAUCCAGGAAAAAUCGAAAACUUGGUCUUUUGCGGCGGUGGCAAGGAUUCUUUAGUUGCCAUGAAACUGAUGGAAGGGGCGAAGAUUCCAUUUUCAACUUUCACCUACACUCAUUCUAUAUACGGUUCAGCCGAAUCACAGAGCGCUCUAAUUGAAAAACUAAUGGAUACUAGUUUGCCAAUCUCGCGACACAAACUUAGCGUUAAUGAUACUUUCCUCAAUACUCCAAUCGACAGUUUCUGUUCGAGGUAUCAAAUUCAUCAAGUCCUUGCAGCAGAAACGCCAGCAUCAAUUUUCAGUGUACUCCCGCUAGUUCUCGUUUUGGGCUAUCGACAUAUUAUUUUAGCACAUGAACGCAGCGCUGAUAAGGAUAAUUUGGUUUGGAAUGCUACCGGUGAAGAUGUAAAUCAUCAAUGCGGCAAAUCGCUUGAAGCUGAAAUUCUCAUCAACAAAUAUAUUCAAGAGGAACUCAUUUCUGGUAUCAUUUAUUUCAGCUUGCUCAAGCCAAUCCAUGAUGUCAUAAUUUUCAGUAUGCUCGAGGAGCAUUUGACUUCCGUACUUUGCACUCAUUCAUGCAAUAUAAUUAAGCCAUGGUGUAAACGGUGCGCAAAAUGUGCUUAUGUAUGGCUAAACUAUAUGGCCUAUUUACCUAUUGAGUUGGUCAACAAGAUCUUCAACAGCGAAAAUCUUUUAGACUUACCAGAAAACCAAAUCUCGUUCAGACAAAUGCUCGGCCUUGAGGCACAUACACCGUUCGAAUGCAUUGGGCAGAUUUCCGAGGUCAAAUUAGCUUUCGAACUCGUCCGACGUAAAGGCGUAAUGGGUACUGCUAUGACCACCUAUACUACAAAUGUAACUCCAAUUCAGGACUGGUCGAAAAUUAUCGCUGAAUAUGCUCGAGUUGUAACCUCAGACGCUCGAAAUUUCCCUCCGGUCAUCGCAGCAGGCGUGUUGCCAUUGAUGAAGCAUGCUAGCCAGGUAGCUCAGAAGCGCUUGAUGACAGCCUUGGAUCUAUCGUCAGAAAGUUAA